UUACAGUAGAUCGUGCAUUGUUAAAUACUUAAUUGAUAUUAAUUUAAUUUAUUAAUCGUAAAUGACUUUAUGGAUGGAAUAUUACUGCAAACAUUACUGCAAACAUUCUUUAAAGCAGAACGUUGACACUUUGAUGAAAAUAUUAAGAUUCUUAGACAUGUACCACUUUGUUUUCAUUGUGUGUUUGUCGGUUUUAAAUCUGGUAGAUGCCUGUGUAGAUUACACGGAAUGUACACUACCUGACGGAAAAGUGGGGAUGUGUUACAAAAAAAUGUGUCACGGAAAAGUCAACGAUGCUCAAAGAGAGAAUCUGACAUUCACAAUCGUGGUGAAAUAUCCGGAGUCUGUUUUACAGAGCCAUGGACGAACAACAUUAUACAUUCGAGGCAAUGGGCUCUGUCUAAAUUGGAACAAGGGUAAACGUCUCUCAAAGAUUAGUAAUGAUACAUGGGGGAUAAACAUCACAUAUAAAUCAGUUGUAACCAAAUAUCAAUGCCAAACACGUUCAAAACCCGUCUUUCUUCCUGGCAAUAAACUUCAGUACCGUGCACUGGCGGAUGACUGCGACGAUAUGGUGGGUGCUAACUUCUCCAUUAAUCUUCCAAUAUCUAAAACAUCGCUGUACUUUGUGGAGAAACCUGUCUUUAUUUCAUACCCGUGGUUUUAUCAGAAAACGGGUGUUAUUAGUAGUUUUUUGAUAAAUUCUACAUACAUCGGCAAAGAGAGAAAUGUAACGAUGUAUACACCUCCCAGUUUUAAUGAAAAUACAUAUAAAACUUAUCCUGUGGUAUUUGUUCUGGAUCUCAAUCUACAUUUUGCUAAAUACUUCAAGAAAAAUCUGGAAGGUCCAAUUUAUCCGCAUGCAGUGUCAGAAGAAUAUGCAAUAAUAGGGUUUGGUGAUUACAGAAAUGAUGGAAAAGAAAGGUUUGAUCUGCUUGCACCAAUUGUUAGUCCAUUUUUGUUUUGUAUAAAUGGCACGUUUGAAGAUAACUGUGAUGGUUGUGUACCGGAAAAUGCAACAUUCCCCAAUGACUUUUUCCCAUAUCUUUUGGAUUUCUGUGGAAGGAAAGUCAAAAUCGGUGGACUAGCUGACAACAUGUUAGAUUUCUUAGUGAAAGAAGCUCUCCCAUUUGCCAACAAGCUCGCUUUAACGCGAUUGCAAACUGAAAACGUAGGCAUAAUGGGAUAUUCGCUCGGAGGACUCAUGUCUUGCUACGCCGUUUGGACACGCCCAAAUGUGUUUUCCUUCGCUGCCUGUCAGUCGUCCUCAUUCUGGUGGCCAAUAAACAAUUCAUCUUAUUUCGAAGUUGAUUUCCAUUUCAUUAACAAGACGCUUAAAAACCCUUUGUUUCAUAAUAAUCGCCCCGAACAAAAGAUCUACUUAGACGCAGGAGGAGGCGAACUCCCGAUAGCAGCACCAUGGUAUAUGUUACAAGCUACUCUUGAGACUGCAAGUAUCAUCACAGAUUUUGAACACUACACGUUAGACAAAAAUGUCUGGGUGCAUGUUCACCCAUUCAAAAAUCAUACUUACAUUGAAUGGGGUAAAAGGAUGGGUCAAGCAUUAGCAACACUUCUCCCGGCUGGCGGAACACAAAGAAUACCAUCACGCAUAGCUGCGCAUGCGAGUGGAAGAGAAAAAAUGCUAAGUGGAUUAGAAAUAGGUCAAAUGUUAACUAUAUAGGAGAAGCACGUAAAGGCUGGAAAGCUUGAGCCUUUUAAAUAAGAUUCUAUGUGUUAUUAUUAUGCAAGGCAUCAAGUCAAAUGAUUGUUUUUCUCCAUAUUGCCUGUAUCAAACGCUGUUAAGAUACCAAAUUAUUGUGUAUAUUGAAACAAGCACAAGUGUUGUUGAGGAUUGCUUCAAUAACCAAAAAAAAAAAAAAGAAAAGAAAAAAAAAGCAACAAA